GGCUUCGACUUGAGACCCCGACCCCCAUCGCUUUGCGGUCCCUUCGCCGCCCUCCAUCCUUUAGUCCGCCUUCCACCGCCUCUUAAACACCGCCCCCCGCGCCAAUUUUUCUUGAACUUUUUUGUUUUUUCACUUUUUUGCCGAUCGAAGGGCUAGGGUUUUGGAGUCCUGGAGAUGCCGUGGAGCUCGAUCCGUGACUCCCGUGACGCCGCCCGUGAGAAUGCCCCAACCCCGAUGGCUCCCCCCGUGCCCCCUCGAUCCUUCCAACGCCCAAUUGCUUUCUGAGCACGUCACACCCUCCCAAUGCGAUCUAUAUCCGCCUACAGGAUCCAAUUCCCCCCUCUUGCCCCCCCGACAUCGCCUGCCGCCGGCCGUCCCCAAGGCACGCCGGGUCUUCCUUCCCUCCCGCCCGCGGCCGGCCGCCGACGAGGCCCGCCGCCCCGUGCUCCAACCCGAUGGCGGAUGGGAAUUGACCGUUCCCGUGGCGGUGGAUAUGAUCGAUGACCAGGACGUGGUGCCGCUGCAGCGGCUGUCGAGUGAUGGUGGGAGUAGUAGCUUUGGUGGGAGCUUGUUCACGAUGGAUGGGAACGUGCUAUCGGGGACGACGACGACAGGGGAUGGAAGCAGCUUUAUGGUAGAUGGCGGGGAGUUGAAGGACGAGCCCGGUGAUCGGAAGUGGGCGCAGAGAGCGAGGGAGAGCUACUAUCUGCAGCUCUCGCUUGCUGCUCGGCUGACGUCGCAGGCGUUCUUGGCGGACCAGCCGGACCUGCUUCCGGAGAGCGCGCAGGAGAUUUGUGGAGUCUCGUCAGAUUCGGACACCGUGUCAUAUCGUCUCUGGGUAAAUGGUUGCUUGUCAUUUUCCGAUAAGAUAUCUGAUGGGUUUUAUAACAUAUUGGGAAUGGAUCCACACUUGUGGGCCAUGUGCAAUGAAUCAGAUGAAGGAAGGAGAAUACCCUUGUUGAUGUCACUUAAAGCAGUUGAUCCUGCUGAGUCAUCAUUGGAAGUUGUCCUCGUUGACAGACAUGGCGAUUCUGGCCUUAUGAAACUUGAAAAUAGAGCUCUAGAGCUGUAUUAUGCAUCUGGAAUUACCUUAGAGCUUGUAAAAAAGCUUGCCAGACUUGUUUCAGAUUCUAUGGGGGGUGCAUUCAAAACAGAGCAAGGCGAUCUCUAUAGGCAAUGGAAAAGACAUAGUAAACAGUUGAGAAACAAUCAACAGUGCAUUGUUAUCUCAAUAGGUAGCCUGUCUUUCGGCCUUUGUAGGCACCGUGCCAUUCUUUUCAAGGAACUGGCUGACUACAUAGGUUUACCAUGCCGGAUAGCUCAAGGUUGCAAGUAUUGUUCUUCAGCGCAUCCUUCUUCUUGUCUUAUCAAAAUUGAUGAUGGGAAGAAAUCAUUACGGGAGUAUGUGGUAGAUCUACUUGGUGAACCAGGAAAUGUCCAUGAUCCAGAUUCAUCCAUCAAUGGGAACUUACUCUCAUCUGUGCCUUCACCAUUCCAAGUUUCUUGCUCGGUAGGUUGCCAAAAUUAUUAUAGUGCUGAGACUCCAUGGAAUCAGAUGCUAGUUCAAGAACAUGCAGGUGCCCUUGUUGCAAAUGCUCAUUAUUCAGGUAUCUUGGAUGCAGUUGCAAGAACCUCUAUACACAGAAAUACCAAGGUUGUUGAGAACAAAGAUUUUGUUCAAGAAGCUUAUCAGAAAGGUAUUGCUUCGAGCUGUAGUCAAUUCACAAAGAAUUGGAAUGACGCAUCUGAAAUACAAGUAUCCCGACAACUGGAAUGGAGGGAAACUGGAGUUAAGGGUGAGAAUAGCAAGGGUCCUUCAAGAGUCGCCAUACCAAGACACUUGAGUCUUGAACCUUCUCUUGUCAUGGACUGGCUUGAGAUAUCCUGGGACGAAUUGGAAAUCAAGGAGCGCAUUGGUGCUGGUUCAUUUGGAACUGUGUACCGUGCUGAAUGGCAUGGAUCGGAUGUUGCAGUGAAGGUUCUUGCUGACCAAGAUUUUCAUGAAGAUCAGCAGGAGUUUCUAAGAGAGGUUGCAAUAAUGAAGCGUGUUCGACAUCCAAAUGUUGUACUUUUCAUGGGUGCUGUCACCAAACGCCCUCAUUUGUCAAUAGUGACGGAAUAUCUGCCAAGGGGUAGUCUUUACCAUCUGAUAAAUAGAGCAGCCGCGGGAGAAAUUUUGGACCUGCGACGUCGAUUGCGUAUGGCACUAGAUGUGGCCAAAGGCAUCAAUUAUCUCCAUUGCCUCAAUCCUCCUAUCGUUCAUUGGGAUCUUAAAUCUCCUAAUUUGUUGGUAGAUAAGAAUUGGUCCGUGAAGGUCUGUGAUUUUGGUUUAUCCAGAUUCAAGGCAACCACUUUUAUAUCCUCAAAAUCUGUUGCUGGAACGCCUGAAUGGAUGGCCCCAGAAUUUCUCCGGGGAGAGCCAUCAAAUGAGAAAUCUGAUGUUUAUAGCUUUGGAGUGAUCCUAUGGGAGCUUCUUACAAUGCAGCAACCUUGGAGAGGUCUUAGUCCAGCACAGGUAGUUGGAGCAGUUGCAUUUCAGAACAGAAGGCUCACAAUCCCUCAAAAUAUUUGUCCUCUGUUAGCCGCUCUUGUGGAAUCAUGCUGCGCUGAUGAUCCCAGACAGCGGCCCUCCUUCUCAAGCAUUGUCGAUACACUGAAGAAGUUGGUGAAGUCACCGAUGCCAUCAGCACGGAUGGGCGCCCCGUGAGGAAUCAUCAUGCAGUUUCGUUGCUGUUGAUUGGUCCUGGCAACUCUAAUGUUUGUUAACCACGGAACAGUCUUAGACAUAACUGAGCUUGCAUGGUGCUUCUCCAUCAACAUAUUCCAAAAUAUUGAAAUAGCCAAAUAAAGGGGGGGACGCCAGGGAUGCGAAUCUCCAUCAAAAAAGACACCAGGGAUGCGAAUCUGGCACAACUGUUGUAGUUGCGUUUUUUUACCUUUCUCCCUGCUCCAAUAUAAUAUUAGUCGAUGUUACAUUUGAAUGGAUCGCAUUAUAUUAUCAUAAAAGGAAAGGUUUAUCAUGGAUUUCUGCAA